CCGCCAGCUAGCAAAUAUCGCGAUAGAGUUGUUGUGUUCGCGCUGACAGUGCAGUGAAACAAGUUUCCAUCCUGAUGAUUAGCAAUUUCAUAACAGUGAAAUAGAAAAUGGCCUCAUAUUUUGAUGAGCAUGACUGUGAGCCCACGAAUCCCGAAGAACAGUACCGACAGAACGCCCUGCUGGAGCUUGCCAGGUCUCUAAUGCAGGGUCUUGACAUAGACUCGGGUUCAUUUGAUUUGUCGGAUUGGGACCAGCGACUCCCGGCCCCUGCAGCCAAAGCCGUAGUCCAGAGUCUUCCUGUGGUCAUCAUCUCCCCUGAACAAGCAGAUAAAGCACUGAAGUGUCCGGUGUGUUUACUGGAGUUUGAGGAGCAAGAGACCGUGAGAGAGAUGCCCUGUAAACAUCUCUUCCACACAGGAUGCAUUAUGCCAUGGCUCAGUAAGACCAAUUCAUGUCCCUUGUGUCGACUCGAACUGCCCACUGACAAUCCAGACUACGAGGAGUUUAAAAAAGAUAAGGAACGGAGAAGGCAAAGAGAACACAGACUAGAGGAUUUACACGGAGCCAUGUACACAUGACCUCAGCACCUUCAAGACUUGAGUAUGAAUUCAACUUUCAGUUUGUUGGAAGUGAGAGUUUACUGCGCAGGGACCAGGCUUUGAAAUGAAUGCUUCGUGUGCACUUGGAAAAAAAACAAAACAGCACAGCAAAGUUUUUAAUGUCAUCACUUUUAAGACUGCUUUGUAUGGCUAUGCACUGAGAACUGUUUGUAUAGAACUGUAAUGUAGCCUUCCGAUUUCAUUAAAUGUUUUAAAUAAAGCAGUUGCUAUUUUGUUUUAGUGUGAAAUUGUGUUUGAUCCAUGAUUUCAUAUUCAUUCGAUUUUUAUUUUUUUUUCCUAAAGAGAUUUCUCGCCUUUAAGUGCUGAAAAACAGUUUUGUGCUGAUAAGCAAUGCCAUAGUUAAGACAAUAAUUCAUAGCAGGUGCAGUGCUACACUGGUCACUGUAUGCGUGACUUCAUCGGUGGACUCUACAUCGCUCACUUUCCCAGUAAUAUGGUAGACCUCUACCUCAUGAAAAAUGUAUGUGAUUUUUAGGUGUGCAAAUUAUUGUAAUGAUUCAACAUGCUAAGAAAGACUUCUUGUACUGACUAAUGAUGAAGCAAAAACACUCUGAAUUCAUAAAAUGUUAAAACCAUAUUUUUAAAUAAAAAGUGAGCUUCUCUAA